UCAAAACAUGGCUUCAUCUUUCUUUUCAAUUCUCCUUCUUCUCGUGUCAUUUAAAAGCGUUUUCUCCAAGUAUGAACCAAACUGGGAAUCCCUGGAUUCGAGACCAAACCCAGCGUGGUACGACGAAGCAAAAUUUGGUAUUUUCAUGCACUGGGGAGUGUAUUCCGUGCCGAGUUUCGGCUCCGAGUGGUUCUGGAAAAAUUGGCAAAGCGGCGACCCAGCUUACGUGAAUUUCAUGAAAGAGAAUUACCCGCCGGGAUUUGAAUAUCCUGACUUUGCACCGAUGUUUCGUGCAGAGAUGUUCAACCCGGAUGCAUGGGCUGAUUUGCUUGCAAAAUCUGGGGCGAAAUAUUUCGUUUUAACAAGCAAACAUCACGAAGGUUUCACCAAUUGGAAAUCAAAUGUUUCCUGGAAUUGGAAUUCAGAAGAUGUUGGACCACAUCGCAAUCUUGUGGGUGAUUUGGCAAAAUCUAUCCGAGCAAGAACAAAGAUUACAUUUGGUCUGUAUCAUUCGCUGUAUGAAUGGUUUAAUCCCAUGUACUUGGACGACAAGGAAAAUGGCUUCAAAACUCGUGGUUAUGUCACAAACAUACUGAUGCCUGAACUGUAUGACAUGGUAAACACGUUCAAACCAGAAUAUAUUUGGUCAGACGGCGAUUGGGAGGCUUCGGACACGUAUUGGGGAAGCACCGAGUUCCUGGCGUGGCUCUACAAUGAAAGCCCUGUGAAAGACACAGUUGUAGUAAACGAUCGCUGGGGCAGUGGAUGCAUGUGUCAUCACGGGGGGACCUACACCUGCCAAGAUAGAUACAACCCAGGCGUACUGCAGAAGCACAAAUGGGAGAACGCAAUGACGGUUGAUAAAAAGUCAUGGGGCUUUCGACGUGAGGCGAACUUAGAUGAUUUUCUCACCAUUCAUGAACUCAUCUCAACACUGGCUGAAACCGUCAGUUGUGGUGGUAAUAUGUUGAUGAACGUCGGUCCUACCCACGAUGGUAGAAUCGUCCCAAUAUUCCAAGAACGGCUCACGGAGAUGGGAGAUUGGUUAAGAGUGAACGGCGAAGCUAUUUACGCGUCUAAGCCAUGGAGAGUGCAAAAUGAGACCAAAACUCCAGGCAUAUGGUACACAUCAAAAGACGGGAUUGCCUAUGCUAUCGUUCUGCAGUGGCCCACCGACAACACUUUAGAGCUGAUGGCACCAACGACAGAUCCUUCUCAAACUAAGGUAGCUAUGUUGGGGUUAAAUGUGGACAUAGAGUGGAAACAAGGGGCUGGAGGGAAAGGUAUGGUCAUUCAAAUGCCCCAGGUACCUGUCUCGCAGAUCCCCUCAGAUUAUGCCUGGGUAAUGAAACUAUCUAAUGUCAAGUAAUGUUUUGUAAAGGGCUCUAAAGACGCUUUCCUUUAUACGGUAAAACGGCCCGACCAGUCCUGUUGUAUUUCGAUUCAGACCGAAUACUGGUAUUUUAGAGUGUUUUAAGAACUCUGCAUUCAAGUAUAUCGUUAUUUACAUAUGCCUAGAACGGAAGAUGCAGUUUUAUCGCUAUAUUCUUAACGAAAUACUCUAUUUCAAUUCAAAAUAUGACCGGUCUGACCAUUUUAGACGCUUAAAGGAAAGCGUUCUAAGACUCUUAUUUUGCUAAAAUUGCGCUGAGCGUGACACUAAAGAUAGAUUUAUAAAAUUAUAUAUAUAUAUAUAUAUAUAUAUAUUAAUUAUUUUUAACAUGAUAUACAUCUUAAUCAAA